UCUUCAUGUUGCAGUGUUGUCCUAUCUUCACACGCAUAAUCCAUUCCUUUUAAUUGUUGACAUACGGCCUUUAAUAUAUUAGGUGAUUGUGUGAGAUGGCCACUGCAACCUGCACUAGACCACUGGAAAAAGUCGGAACAUGGUCCAACAUCUUUCCAACGGAGCAAGUUACUGAGACCCAGUCGUGUCUGUUUGUGAAGAAGUUACUGGCUGUGGCUGUAUCGAAUGUAACAUACCUUCGGGCCAUAUUCCCUGAGCAUGCUUUUGGUGAUAGGUGUCUGGAGGAUCUAAACUUAAAAAUUCUCCGUGAUGACAGCACCUGUCCUGGAGCCUGUCAGGUCAUCAAGUGGGUCAAAGGAUGUUUUGAUGCUUUGGACAAGAAAUUUUUGCGGAUGCUGAUAAUUGGGAUCUAUCUUGACCCAGAAGAUCCUGACACUGUCAUUGAGUCUUACACAUUCAAGUUCUCCUUCAACAACGAGGGGAUUGACAUCUAUCGGAACAACAAGAAGAUAUCCAGCGCCCAUUCAGCAGCUGAGACGAAGAAGGCCACCAUUAGGCUGCUGAGGACAAUUGUUGUUCUCACACAGACGUUGAAGUCUCUCCCUGAUGAUGUCAUGAUGACAAUGAAACUGCUCUACUAUGACGAUAUUACACCAGAGGAUUAUGAACCACCAGGUUUCCAGUCAGCUGAUUCUGAUUACUUCACCUUUGAAGACGAACCGAUGAACAUCAGGGUGGGAGAUGUAUCGACUCCAUUCCACACUGUGAAGUUACGUAUCAAGACAGACAGCAAACAGUUUGAGUUGAAGGAAGAUGACGAAGAAGCUGAACAACUCAUCAAUGAUAUGGCGUUUGAUCAAGAUGACAGCAUGGCUCAAGAUGAAAGAGACCGGUAUCCUAGUUCAGCGAAGCAGCCAGAAACCUGUGAUGACAUUCCAGAGACCAUGAUGAGUCCGGCAAAACCCUCACCAGGAGUUGAUACCACAGGAUCAGAGUCUCAGAGAUCACAGGUUGACGACGGCGAGGAACAGGGUGUAUGCUGCCCAUGUGGCUGUAAUGAGGACGAUGGCCUGAUGGUCCUGUGUGCUAUCUGCAAGUAUUGGCAACAUGGUGUCUGCUUCAAAGUCCUCUGUGAAGCUGAGGCACCCGAGACACACAUCUGUGAUAGCUGUGCAGUGAAAGAAGAAAUGAAGUGCACUGAUCCAUAUCUCACUGGAAAAUCUCCUGUUGUCAUUCAGGGCACUUGUCUGUGGAGACGAGCCAUCCUUGCCUGUACAGAGAUUAGCAGGAUUGUGGUGGUCAACUUUGCCAGGCGACUCGGUGUGGAGAUGACUGUUGCCUCGGGAUUAAUCCAUAGGUUGGAGAAGGAAGGCUUCUUGAAAGUACCAGGAAAGGGAAAAAGACUGGGUAAAGUUGUACAGACUGAGAAGCUGCAGGCUGGCAUCAAGAAGUAUUUUGGCAAGUCCUUGAAUGAUACCAGUGCCCCAGAAGGGCAAGAGGCAGUUGUUGAUGAAGAGCUGGUGAACCCUAUCAAUGCCCAGAUCCAAGAACAGCUUACUCAGACCAGCAGUCAGCCGUCGCAGCCUGUAGAUGAGAUCGAGAAACUUGCCUCCAAGACUGAGAGCAUCAACCUGAGCGGCCGCAGAAAGAAAGGCAAGAAACAGAACAUGGUGGACAAACCACAAGAGAUGGAGCAAGGGGAGACGGUGCAAGUAGAAAUAGUGGAAAAGGAAAUGGUAAAAACUACUGAAAUCGAGAAGCCAAACAAAUUACGUGGAAGGAAGAGGGCCGUGUCGCAGGUUGAUCAGAGUCAUGAAUUUGAUGUAAGUGACAGCCAGGAACAAGAGGUACGGCCCAAGAGAAGACGAUCCAGUAUUGCAACAAAACCAAUCAUGGUUUGAAAGCAAACGCUGAAACCUGCCUAUGACAGAUACUUCUGUCGUCAAUGCAUUUGAUAUACAUGUAGAUUGUACAUCAGCUAUUCAAUUGUGCCAAAAUAUUGUAUUGUUCUGACAAAUUCAUAUUCUGAAUUAGUUUUGUUGUUAUUGUUCUCCUGGUCCUACAAGAGCUGGGCAUCCAUAAAGUUGUUUUUAGUA